AUGAAAGUGCUGUGGGCGGCGCUGGUCGGCCUGUCGUGGGUGGGCGCCGGCUUCUUGAUGAGCUCCGCCUACGACGCCUACCUGCUGGAGCCCACCAAGUUCGCCGUGGACACCGCCUACCUCGACUGGGACACAGUUUUCCCGGCCGUGACAAUCUGCGAGAGGAGGAACAAGUCCAGGCUCACUGAGUACACCAAACGGACGUUCGGCGCUCGGCACAGCUGGCAAAUUGACCUGCUGCUGGAGACGCUGGCCUACGACUCUCCAAGCGAGCUGGUGCCCUCCUUCUGCCGCCGCGCCAGCUGUCCCACAGACAACUUCUCCGCCAUCGUUGCACAGAUACACAGGCCUUGCGAGGAGCUGCUGUCCCGGUGCUGGUGGAACGGCGAGCCCUUCGUCUGCUGCCAGCACGCGCCGCGCCUCAGAACAGAGGUGGGCUCCUGCUUCGCCAUCAACAGCGCCCAGACGGACGGGAAUGAAUCCGACAGAAGAAAAUUAACGUGUAAUCGCACGACGGGGCGCGGAUCAUUGAAGGUCGAAGUAAAAGCUGAAGUUAUAGUGUUCGUGCACCCGCGGGACGAGGUGCCGCACCUGACGACGACGGUGGCGCGCGCGGUGGUGCCGGCCCGCGGCGUGCGCCACCGUCACAUGGUGCGGGUGCGCGAGGCGCGCUUCGAGCCGGCGGUGGGCAGGAUGGGCGCGGCGCGGCGCGGCUGCCGCCUUCCCGGCGAACUCGCCGACUGGCCGUCGGCGCUGUACCCCGUAUACUCGCGGGGCGCCUGCGUCGCCAGCUGCCGCGCGCACCGCCUGUUCCAGCUCUGCAACUGCACGCCGCCGCUCACGCCCCGGCUCCCAGGCGCGGAGGAGUGCGACCUGGCGGGCCUGGGCUGCCUGCGCCGGAGCGCCGGCCAGUGGCUGCGGCAGGCGCCGCGGUGGGCGCCUCCCGGCCACGGCCUGCACUGCGACUGCCCGCUCGCUUGCCUCGACGCCGAAGUCGACACCGUCCACCAGCGCGCUGACAGCAUUGCGAGUCACACAUCAUUCUACGAGUUGCAGCUUAACCAGUUGCCCACGGAACGGGACUUCAGGCUCGUCGCUAACGACGGACUCAGCCUUGUGGUGUCCAUCGGCGGCGCGGCGGGCCUGUUCGCGGGAGCCAGCCUGCUGAGCUUCGUGGAGCUGCCCUACUACCUGUGCCUCAGAACUCGCUGCUGCGCCGCACGCCACAGCCGACCGCCUCCGCCGACCGGACGUAUGCCGUUCCUGCCGUAG